AUGGCCACGUCGAAUACGUCGCGUGGCAUGGCUCCGUCUGACAGGCGCCUUCGAGCGAACUUCCGUCGAGCUGCAAAACCGUACACUCGGUUCUACGGGCCAUUCCUGAUCCGACAGAAACACCUGCCAUCACCGCCCACAAGUCCGACAGCGUCCUUCGCUCUCUUACGCACGGAUUUUGAGACAGAAGAACCGGGUCCAUCGAUGUCAUGUGGUAGCCCUCACGACGGUAGCCAAGUAGACACGACACCAGCAUCUGGCACAGCUCAGCAUGAGGAUCGCGUGGCCGUGGGUGUCCCGUUCAAGAAAGAUCUUGACAAGCCAUCACGGACUAUCGCUGAUCUCACGAAACCAUUCCCUCGUCCAGAAGGUCAGCUAUCUAAACCCGGCGCUGGAGGAUACUCUCUCCACAUCCUGAAGACUACGUAUGGCUGGACUGAGGUAGACUAUACUCGCAUACAGCGCCGGUUGCAGCACAUGUCCAGAACGCACUUUGACACCAAACUGACGUUCGCCCGGCAAGAGAGUAACGAUAUUCACCGCUUCGUGAACGAAGCUGUCAUUGCAUUCCCUGUACUUGCAGACUAUGUGGAUGCCUGGCCGGCAAGGGACUUCGCCACAAUGUAUCUCAAGAACUCGUCAGCCGAAUAUCGCGCCGCGGAGAAGCGCGCGACCAGUACGCAGGGUGCGGAGACCAAGCGGCAUGACCCUGCUAAGUGGAACGGUCCACGUACUGUCUUGAGCCAUCCUUCGGUUGAUCAAGACGGUUUGAUCGCGAAGAACCAGAGUCACAGUGCAAAGCCAGACAUCCCGGCGCGCGUCGAUCCGGGGUUGCCUCUUACCCACGACCUAGCCACUGGCGCUUUCCGUGUUCCGCAAGGACAACCGUUGUCUUUGUUACUCUCGCACUUCUUUCAUCCUUUGCUGCCGUCGAUCGCCUUCUUAUACCGUGCACAUGGCGUCGCGUACGAUGGACGCUCGUGUUCACAUAUCGACAAUACACGCCGUGACAUGGAUCGAUACCGCCGCGCCUUCCAGUUCUCCUCUCCUUCUCUAACAAGACCUGUCAAUUGCUUGGCAUUCACGAGCGACGGGAGUCUCCUGGCGGUCUGCUCCGACGAUCAUGUCAUACACAUUAUCUCAACCGAAUCCAAGGGAAAGGUUUUCGUGACAGUGAGGACGUACGGCGGACCAAUGGCUUCAGCCGUAUGGUUCGCUGACGGUAGCGGUGGCCACUGGCUGGCGACGGGUGGCCAUCAGGGCUACGUACGCCUACUACACGUGAAACUCGACGGCAAGAAGCUAGCAGUGAUAGACGAUACUGCGCCCCUUACUCUCGGGGACGACGAAAUCGUCGAUCUGGUUGUCGACCCAUCCAGUCGCCAUGUAGCCGCCGUCGGGCUUCAUCGACUGUUCGUCCUCGCCAUUGAGUAUAUCGCUCAAGCGCCACUCAGGCUUGUCGAAAUGUAUCCGCAGCAAGGCCAUCCCAAGGAAGAAUCCAGGCUUUCCGGCGCUGCAUUCUGUGAUGCGGGAAAUACACUGAUCGUCUCUCAUCUCGACGCUCGCAUCAUACGUCUAUACGCCUCAGAUCCUUGGUCUGUGAUGCACGAUCUCCACGUCACUUUCAAACCGAUCAGCCUGUCCUGGGUCCCCGAACAGAGAUGUUUGUUGGUGUAUUGCAUCGAUACUGCUCACGUCAGGGUCGUUGGCAUCAGUGACGGACAACUCAUAUAUCGCCGAAUAUUGGAGAUUCCUCACCCUGAUCGGGGAGGUUACUGCAAGCAGGUUCGCUCCGCUCACCAUGGACGGUUUGCCCUUUGCGGGUCCGAUAUCGGCUGCUUUCUCUGCUGGGACAUCUCAUCCGGUGCAUCCGUACAGAGUCCCCUAGUUUGUGGGAGAGGGAGAGGUGAUGUCGGCAUACAGGGCGGGUAUCCGGGAUUGCAAGUCAUUGCGACCUGCAGCAGCUCCGGCGGAGACCAUCAACUGGCGGGAUCGUGCCACGCCUUUCCGCCGACUAUCAACGUCUGGAAGGAUGAUAUGGUAUCCAGGCAUGGCUCUGCGCCGAACCAUCACGUUAUCUAUACCCUCAGCGUGCUGUCCAUACUCAUACUUAGUUUGGCGUACUCAUUCCGGCUCAUCCCUCACAUGGAAGAUGCUGUGAGCUCGAUCUUGCGAACUCUUGGUUUACCGUUCUGUCUUGAGUUCUCGGUAUAUGCAAACCCUCGUUGUAUUCGAAUACGUACCGCUUAA